UUUUGUAGAUUGAUGACGUUCACUUGCAGAGCAAGUUCUCACAAGAAAACACACAAAGGCAGUCUUUACGUGACACCAACCCAUCUUAUCUUUCACAAUCAAACCGUAGGAAGAGAAACAUGGCUGUUGCAUACUCACAUCUUACAAGUGGAAAUGCUACCAUUAAACACAAAAGGCUCGCCCUUGAAGAUAACCUACAAAACAUUCAGAUCAUUCACAUUCAUCAUUGCUAAAGAUCGUGAAUGCCAAGACAUCUAUGAUACUCUGGUGCACUUCUCUGAACCAAGUGAGUGUUAAGCAUGAUCAACAAAGAUGCAAGAUGU